GUAAAAUAUAAGACAAACUAAAGGGGCACAGACCAAAGGGUGAAGAGAAUGGGAUGAAGUUAUUCCAGAAUCAUGUUAUUCAAAGUGGGGUGGGACCAAGAGCAGCAGCAACAAAGAGCCUGUUAGAAAUGCAGAAUUGCAGGCCCCAUCUUAGACUUCCUAAUUCAGAAGGCGCCAUUUAACAAGUUCCUCAGAGGAUGUGUAUGCACAUCGAAGUUUGAAAACCACUAAGAUUUCUUGAGGAAGAAGACUUCUAAAGGCAUUGAUGAACAAGAGGGGAAAGGUGCUGAUCUGAAUCUGAUCCAUACCUUUCUGACCAAAACUGUUUACCCACGGUGGAAGGGACUGGGUACCCAAAUGGAGACGCCACCAGUCAGUCCACUGGGAGAGAAGAACAUUUCUCAACCGCAACAACGAUGGAAAAAGAACUCCCAGAAGAUCCUUGAUUCAACUACUCAGAUUAGGCAGCAGCCCCAAGACCCUUCUACUGAACUUCUUGAGGGGAGAGUGAGCCCAGAUCCAGCCGGCCAAAUUCUAGAAAAUCUUCAAGAAAUUGAAAAGCUGGCCGUUGGACGUGAAGGAGAUUCUGAUAAAUCUCAUGGACCAGCCAGUGAGAUGCCAGAGCCCCUUCAAGCUUCUGAACUCUGGUACUGCCCCGAUGGGAGCUUUGUCAAAAAGAUCCUAAUCCAUGGCCACGGCUUGGACAAACCCAAGCUGGGCUCCCGCUGCCGGGUACAGGUUUUGGGAUUUCCUUUGGGGUCAGGGCUGCCAGAGGGCUGGACAGAGCUAACUAUGGGGUUAGGCCCAUGGAGGGAGGAAACUUGGGGAGAGCUUGUAGAGAAGUGCUUGGAGUCCAUGUGUCAAGGUGAGGAGGCAGAACUUCAGCUCCCUGGGCGCUCUGGACCUCCUGUCAGGCUCAAACUGGCCUCCUUCACUCAAGGCCGGGACUCCUGGGAGCUAGAGCCCACCGAAAAGGAGGCCCUGGCCAGGGAAGAACGUGCACGGGGCACAGAAUUAUUUAGAGCUGGGAACCCUGAAGGGGCUGCCCGAUGCUAUGGACGGGCUCUUCGGCUGCUGCUGACUUUACCUCCACCUGGCUCUCCAGAACGAACUGUCCUUCAUGCCAAUCUGGCUGCCUGUCAGUUGCUGCUAGGGCAGCCCCAUUUGGCAGCCCAGAGCUGUGACCGGGUGCUGGAGCGGGAGCCUGGCCAUUUAAAGGCCUUGUACCGAAGGGGGGUUGCCCAGGCUGCUCUUGGGAACCUGGACAAAGCAACUGCUGACCUCAAGAAAGUGCUGGCAGUAGACCCCAAAAAUCGGGCAGCCCAGGAGGAGCUGGGAAAGGUGAUCAUUCAAGGGAAGAAACAAGAUGCAGGACUGGCUCAGGGACUGCGCAAGAUGUUUGGCUAAUUAAAAGUUAAACCUUAAAAGAGACAGGAACCUG